AUGGCUGUACCGCAAAACCGUCCCUUCCCUACCGCACCCUUGCAAUCGUCCAGCGAAACCCCGCUCGCCCACCCGCCAGCGACCGCGGCGUUCACUCUCCCCUCCAUCACCUCUCUGCUACCCCAGGAUCAAAUCGUGCUUGAUUUUCGGCGGCAGAGUGCUCCCACGGGAUCCAAACCAGUACAAGUAGUUGAGAAUCCUGUGACGAUGCGGAGUAUGAGCUACCCACAUUCCUCAAUGUUUUCGAACCCGCACUCAACCGGGACCCCAAUGAUGGUGCCCGUGAUGUAUCCGGGUUACCCUGGAACGGUCCCUGCACAUAGUGCUCACAAUGUGGUGCCUUCGUUGCAUCACCAAUCCCGCCAAUCGACGGCAACCCCCCAAAACGGUUCCGCUGGUUCCGCUGGUUCCGCUGGUCCCACUGGUCCCGCUAAGCCGUUGCACCAACAGCCCCCAAUGGCGCAGGUGGUUGUAACUCCGCCCCCGCCUUCUGCCGACAGACAACUUCAAGCUAUUUCGGGAACACAGCUCAAUGGACAUCCAUCAGAACCUCAGAACCUUAACUAUUCGGCAAAGCCACCCACCCAGCCUCAGCCUCAGCCUUACUUCGUGGCCUCGGGUGGGGCCGUGCCCAGAAUGCCCCCUUCCGCAGCACAAAUCAGCUCUUCUACGCCUCAGCAGUUGCAUAAAGCACCGGGAAUGAUACCACAGAUGCCUAUUCCUCAAAGCAUCAACCCAACCCAGCCUAUGGGCCCUACAGUACCCGCGAUGAUCCAUGUUCCAGGCAUGAUGGCUCCCACGGGGCCUCCUACUGCAGGUAUUCACCCCGGUAGUAUGACCAUGCCGGUCAUGGGAAUGCAAAUGAAUGUUCCACCCAUCAUGCGAGGUGCCUCGGUCAACCGCUUCCCAGCUGAUCAGGCGAUGGCUCAAAACCAUCCUUACCUGAGCGCAGCCGCAGCUGUAGCAAAUGGUCAACGCGCGUAUAUGUGGGCACCGACCAAUGUGUCGCAAUCACAGCCGUUCACACAGGAAAUCAAAAGAAGGACAAAAACCGGCUGUCUGACCUGCAGAAAACGCCGCAUCAAGUGUGACGAAAAGUACCCUGUGUGCAAAAACUGUUCCAAGUCAGACCGUAUUUGCUUGGGGUAUGAUCCAGUGUUUGGCGUCGGUAAGGGAUCCAGAACCAUUAAUAUAAGAGCUCAACGACGGGAUUUCUGUCAGAGACACAGCAUCAAGGGCGCCGCUGAUGGCGCCGACAAAGAGAUUACCAAGGUCACAGAGUGGAGCGAGGUAGCAAAAAUUUUCGCCGAACAUGCUGCCCCCCAGCUCGAUAAACUUUUUGGCGUACAGCGCUUCACAAACAUUACAAACGAAGUACUCGCACAGUUUGAACGUGGUGAAAGCAUGCACCCUCGUGAGACAAGAUUGGCAGGAGAACUUGAAGUAAUGAGACUAUUUAUGGCUAUUGUUCUUCCUUACUACGAUUUCGAGUCUCUGGAUGUACUCGAUAUUGUCAGCGGGUCUCUGGAUAAGCUUCGCGUCGCCGAAAACUAUCGUCUUCUUCGAGCAGUGUAUGACACUUUCACUCUGGCUGGAUCUAAGACGCUGGCGGUGUCACCCUUAGAUGAGCAACUUGUUCCUCGUUUGCAGGUUUUAAACCGUUUAAUUUAUGCUCUUCCGGCAGCACAGCUGCGAUCUCCAAUGCAAAUCGAUCAUGUGGAGCGCGCUAAGAGCCCUGUGCAAGCUGCCGACCUUUGGCCGUUGCUGGUGGAAAUGGCGCAAGGACUUAGUCUUUCUGCCACCCAAAUUGAUUAUAUUUGUGAAUUAUCGCAGCAGCCAGAGGCCGGUAUUGCAGAGUCUAUGCUCCUCGUGGGUGUGUUGUCGGCGGCAUCUCCUUUGAACCGUCCUCGGGUGUGCAAUGCUCUUCUCGAGUCUCGCUCAAAGGCUGAUGCGCUUUCGCUCACUAUUAUCGAGCUUGCACUUGCAUACGAAUCGAAGUAG